UCUUCAAAAUUCCUCUACAACUUAGAACAGCAACUGCUGGGACCACCUUGGGAAGAGGAUGACCCUAAACACAGUUCUGAUGCUGGGGACCCUUAUCUUGGCCAUCAUGAUGAUCCCCUGUGGAGGGGAAGACAUUGUGGCUGACCACGUUGGCAUCUAUGGCUUAAACGUCUACCAGUCUUAUGGCUCCUCUGGCCAGUACACCCAAGAAUUUGAUGGAGACGAGAUGUUCUAUGUGGACCUGGAAAGGAAGGAGACUGUCUGGCGGCUGCCUGAGUUUAGCACAUUUGCAGGCUUUGACCCACAGGGUGGACUGAGAGAGAUAGCUACAGCGAAACACAACAUGGAAACCCUGACUAAACGCUCCAAUUCUACUGCUGCUCCCAAAAAGGUUCCUGAGGUGACUGUGUUCCCCAAGUCUCCUGUGAUGCUGGGUCAGCCCAAUACCCUCAUCUGUCUUGUGGACAGCAUCUUUCCUCCAGUGAUCAACAUCACGUGGUUGAGCAACGGGCACUCAGUCACAGAAGGUGUUUCUGAGACCAGCUUCCUCUCCAAGAGUGAUCAUUCAUUCCUCAAGAUCAGUUACCUCACCUUCCUCCCUUCUGAUGAUGUAGUUUAUGACUGCAAAGUGGAGCACUGGGGCCUGGACAAGCCACUUCUGAAACACUGGGAACCUGACAUUCCAGCCUCUAUGUCAGAGCUGACAGAGACUGUGAUCUGCGCCCUGGGCCUGGCUGUGGGCCUUGUUGGCAUCGUGGUGGGCACCAUCCUCAUCAUCCGAGGACUGCGCUCAGGUGGUACCUCCAGACAGCAAGGGUCCUUAUGAACUGCACAUGGAAGAGGAGGUGUAUUGUCUGUCUACAGGAGCAGAAGAGUGGAUGUGCUAGAUGGUCUAGUACUAUUUUCUGACCCAGUUCAUCAUCCUUCUCUCCUCCAAAUGUUUCAUCUCUCACCUCUGGGUCCUAAGAUGCUAUAUCCAUUCAGAGUUUGCAAAUACUUGGAAUUCUCUCCCAACCACCUGAAUAUUUUUUCUUCUCUCAGUUGUUUCUACUAUAGAAUGCCUGGGGUAUUCCAUUCAGCUACCUAAUUGCUCAGUGACCCUUAUCCAAUAUGUAUAUGAAAGCAAUAAAUCUUCUUUUAUAAGGUCUUC